GAUAAAAUAAAGAAGUGCUAUCAGAAUGACUGCACCAUUUCAGAAUACAUUUAUGAGCUGGAAACUUUAUAUGGCCUUGUUGGUGUAACUAGCAAGUGUGAGCAUAUUAUCAAGCUUUGGAAUGUAUUCUAUAGAGAGAUGCAGCAUGAACUCUAUUGA